UUAAGAAGCAAAGGACCAAAUAUCAAUUUCGAUUUGUCAAUACGGUGUGCAAUGACUACUUCACACGGGAGAAAAUCAAAUCAGAGGAUGGAAAUCUCUUAAAGGUAGCUUUGUAUGAUGAGAACAAUCUGGUAGUCACAUCAGGUCCACUAUCUUCAGCUUCUGUGGAGAUCGUACUACUUCAUGGUGAUUUCAAUGCUGAAGGUCAAGAUUAUUGGACAUCAGAGGAAUUCAGUGCCUGCCUAGUGCAUCCACAAUCUGUAAAAGAACCACCAGCCUUGGAGGUGAUCGUGUCUUGGCCCUGACUGAUGGAGAGGCUGACCUUGGUGAUGUCUAUUUCCAGACUUCCUCCUUCCAUGCCAGAACUGGAAAGUUCAAGAUGGGUGUUGAGAUUAAAAGUGUAAGAGGAGAGAGUGUUCAAGAAGGAAUCACUAGCCCAUUUCUUGUGAAAGUUCGCCUAGGGGAAGAAUCAAGCUGUCAUCGGAUCACAUCUCUCGAAGCAUUGCUCAAUGUUAAAGUGAGCACGAAGGAAGAAUUCAAAAGAAAAUUUGAAAAGCUUAAGGUAAAGAGGAAAAAAGAUAAGAGUAAAGAUGAGGAAGAUCCCAUAAUACUCAAGGAAGAACACAAAGAACUCACAUUAAAAAUCCAAGAGAUGCCAAAAGAAGGGUGUGCUGAAGUAACAUCUCAGAGACCCCAACUAAGCCAAUCAACAAGAUUCCGACUAGUAAUUGAAAAUAACGUGAGCAGAACAAUUUACAAAAAGGAAACUGUAAGGAUGGUGAAGGUCACAUAAAAGUUGUCAUGUAUGAUGGUGGCAAUCCAAUUGCGCCUGACCACCAUCUUGCUUCAGUAAGAGUUGAGCUAGUUGUCAUUGAAGGAUGGUUUAAUGAAAUACGAGAUUCAUGGUCGAAAGAGGAGUUUGAGGAAAGCAUAAUAAAACCACCAAGAACAACGACAUUGACAAGUCUAGUGAAAAAUGGUACAUUUAAUCUGAUUGGUGGGAGUUGUGAUCAUGAAGGUGCCAUUAUUAUGGAUAAUUCACAGCAAAGGGAAGUUAAGCUUGGAGUAAGGAUCACAGGGCCUGCAGAAACUAGAAUUCUUGAAGGAGUAUCAAAUCCUUUCAAAGUGCAGGAAGGCAAGACAAAAAAGCAAGCACCAAACAAAACGGAUAAAAAAGCUUCUCCUCCAGUUCCAACGCGAAAGUUGGUGCAGCCAACCAGCACCCACGCAACACAACCUGGUAAAGGCUGGAAAUUAUAGCUUAUUUCUCUGUUUGCCCCCUGA